AUGGCAAGCUUGGUGGUGAGUGCUUCCACUGGGGUGCUGAGCUCACUCCUCUCCAAGCUAUCAGUGCUGCUUAGUGAUCAGUACAUGCAACGCAAGGGGGUCCGAAGAGAUAUCGAGCUCCUCAGCUGUGAGUUGACUAACAUGAAUGCUGCACUGGAGAAGCUAGCAGACAUGGAGAAUCUUGAUGGCCAAACAAAGGUGUGGAGAGACAAGGAUGCAGAAAGGCUUGUGGGCAUUGAUGGUCCGCGGGAGGAAAUCACCAAAUUGUUGAUUGAAGAAGGUGGCAAAUUUUCUGGACAACUUAAAGUGGUGUCCAUCGUGGGUUUUGGUGGCCUCGGCAAGACAACAUUUGCGAACCAAGAAGCUGCUGAAAAUUGUUUGAAUGAACUCAUCAACAGAAGUAUGAUCGAACCAUGCUUCAAUGCUCAUGGUGAGGUGCAGGCAUGUCAAGUUCAUGACCUAAUGCUUGAUCUUAUUAUAUCCAAGUGCAAAAAGGAAAACUUCAUUACUAUAAUUGAUAGGAACUUCACCAUGAUUGGAGCACUGGAAGUUCGUCGGAUCAGCCAUCAGUUCCGUAACAGAGACAUAGCCCUGGUAUUUGAGAGGAUGAAUCAAUCACAAGUUCGGUCGUAUAACUUCUUCCCUGCAGCUGACUGCAUGCCUCCGCUUUCAAAGUUUGAGCUCUUGAGAGUUUUGGACAUGGACCAGCUGGACUCAUAUAGAUAUGUGCGACCAGAAUCUACGUGCCUUGAUUUAUCUUCUAUAAAUCACCUUUUUCUGCUGAGGUAUCUUAGAGUCGCGGGCUUUCGUUUGGUGCAGCCAAAGAAGUUUGGGAAACUGAAACAUUUGAUGACUGUAGAUAUUGAAUCCACAAUAUUGUGCCCCAUGGACCAAUUCUCAGAUUUUACUUCCUUGUCAUCUUUAAGGCAUCUCACUCUUCCAAGACGAGUUGGAAAUGUAGUGCGGAUAAAUGGGCUUAGCGAGCUGUGCAACCUAUGCACACUGAUCCAUUUUUGCAUCAGGACUAGUAAUUCCGUAGAGUGCAUCAGAGAUCUUGGUGAUCUGACCAGUCUUAGGGAGCUUAUUAUGAUUUAUUACUCUUGGCCAGGUGACGUAGAAGAUGAUCCUGACACAAUACUGACUGCCUCUCUUGACAAGCUUGGGAACAGCAACCUCCGUCUUCUGUAUUUUCAUAAGUAUCAGUUUUAUGGCAGGCCCCUCUCAACACAGUUCUGGAGUAAUUUCAUCACACGUCCAAAGCAUCUGCAGAGGCUUCGUUUGGACGGACAUAUAAUACCCAAGGUCCCAAAUUGUAUUGUGCAUGCUGACAGGUUGGCCUAUUUGGAAGAACUACGAGUCCAGGAGCUCGGGCGUGAUGGCAUCCAGAUACUGAACAUAGAUCUUGAUGGUCGUGAAGAAGGUACAAUGCAACUGCCAGAGGGAAGUCCAGUUGGUGGCAUCGAGAACCUUGCUAGCCUUGAAAAGAUCUACUUGUUGAUACGAGCCAAAUGUGUUCGCAGGCAGCCAAGAAGACUAAAAGUAGAGUCCGCAUGCAGGGAAGCCAUCAGAAGGCACCCGAAAAGUCAAUCCAUGCUGAUUUAUAGUGUAUACUGUAACGAGUUUGAUGAAAUUGGACAUGAAGUACAAGGGAGCCAAGAAGACUAA